AUAAAAGGUACUCGUAAAUAGUGCGGUGUGUUCAUUUGUCGGAUAUGAGGACGAUCGUUGAUCUAGUCUGAACAGAACAUGCAACCGAGUGGGAGUAACGCUACGAGGAUGACAUCUCGUUGGGCACAGUUUCUUCUGUUAGUAGCGAGUGCUAACUGCUCACUUAGUUCCACAAUUAUUCCUCCACUGUACCGGUAUGACGAUUACAAGCAAUGUCUGCAGAGUAAUUCUACGGCAGUUUUCUGCGUUCUAGUGGUCAACCAUAAGACGGAUACCGUUGACCCACUGGAUUUGAUUCGGAUUGAGACAGGCUUCCGACGGAAUGAGCUGGAAUGGGGCGUUUGUGUCGCUGACUGCGUGGAGGAGCUAGCAGGAGUUAGUGAAAGCGAACGUCAACGAUUGUACUAUCCAAAGUUCACGAUUAAUCACAGGUACAUGGUUCCUAACAACUACUGGCCGGAAAGGGUGGAACCCUACUAUUUGACGUACGGAAACUUGCUGAAUGCAUGUGUAAACAACCGACUGCAGCGAGACUACAACCACACCCAGUUUGGUCACUCGGAAAUUCAAUAUUGCAUCCGUGACGAUUCGCCUGAACAACGAAAUGCUGGUAUAGAUUGGCUGACAGUUUUAUUUUUGGCAAUUGUUAUUAUAAUCACUAUAGCUACGAUAGGCGCCAGUGCAAUAGAUCAAUUCGCAGAUCGCCAUCUUAAAGAAAAUGUGGUCGUGUCUUCCUUUGCCGUGCAACGGAACUGGGUACGACUUUUACAGGAACCUAAGACUGAACUCUACCGAGAUUUUGGAUAUAUCGAUGGACUACGCGUAUUAAUCAACAUAUUCACAUUGGCCAUUCAUUGCUUGUUGGUGAGCGUAUUCAUACCACAAAAUAAUCCAGGUUUCAUUGAAAGCGUAAUCAAACAUCCUUUCACGAUACUGUUAACCGCUACGACGCCGAUAAGCGUGCAAAACUUUUUCGUCAUAUCCGGUAUGCUGUUGACGGUAAACUUCCUGAGGGAUAUUCAGAAAAAUCCCACACUCGACUCAGGAUACUUCCGGACCAAAAUAAUCAACCGAUUGAUCCGGUUACUACCGGUGUACUAUUUUUUUCUGCUGUUAACCCUGGUUGGAGAUGGGCUGGUAGAUGAACAACUUAGUCCUAACGGACAGAAAGCCAUAACUUUGGAGCAACGUAUUUGCUGGAGACAUGGAUGGAAGAAUUUCCUGUUUGUGAACAAUCUGCCUUCGGAUGAGGAGAUGUGUUUUCUCCACGGUUGGUAUCUGGGUGCAGAUCAGCAACUGUUCUUUGGUGUAUUGUUUCUACUGGCACUCAUUUGGAAGUUCCCGAAGAAAACCAAGGCUUUACUGUGGGUGGUUGUCAUAGCUGCGGUAGUCAUACCAGCAGGAUUGGUUCACUUUUUGAAACUGGAUCCGGUACUGCCCACGAGAUUGUGUGAACUCAAAUUGCUUCUAUACUACCAACCCUACAUGAAUCACAUCUAUCAAACAAGCUAUUGUAACAUUCAUGCCUACAUUGCUGGAAUAAUCGCAGGAUUCCUAUACCAUCAAACGAGAAAUGGCAGGCUGAAUCUUGACAACUCAAGGCUGUACAAUCUAGUGAGAAAAGCAUGUCCAUUGAUGAUCAUACUCGGACCGAUCCCUGCUUUUCUAUACUACAAAUAUGACAUUCCUCGCCCAUCAUGGCCCACUACGCUACACUUUGUGUUGUACCAUAACUAUGGCAUUGUUUUCGGAGCGCUGUGUUUUAUUCAUUGCUUUCGGAACCCUCCAGAUCAAUUCCGCCGGUUUCUCAGCUCGCGAUCGAUGACCAGUUUGGGAAAACUUUCGUAUAGCGUGUACGUGCUGCAUAUCCCACUGCUACGAUGGAUGAUCAACUACAUCCCGGUGAUGGUGCACGUGUCCUUUCCUAAAAUGCUGAUGCUAUUUGCGGCAACAGUUCUCGCAUCGUACCUGCUGGGACUCGUAGUUUACCUUAUUAUUGAGCAACCGAUGUGCUUGCUGCUGAGACACCUGUUCUUCGAAACACGCAAAACGUCAAAAGUGAACUGAAAACUGUUUCUAUGAUAAUUAUGGCUGCGUGCUGUGUUAAUAUUCGAAUGUGAUAAUAAUAAUAAAAAUGAGAUAAUAAGAUAAUAAGAUCGUUGCACUAAGUUUAAUCGAAAUGUUUAACUGUCAGAACCGGUUACUGCGGCUUUGGACUUGGUAAGGCCAUCA